CAAACACAUCUAAUCAUUGGUGCUAUAUUAAGCAACAUCGCCUUCCUGACGUUAGAACUUGCGCACGAUCAGAAGAUUUUGUGCUAUAUAUAUGCCGCCAUUCUUCACUAUUCAUUGCUUGUGGUGUUCGUCUGGAUGAUGAUAUUUAGCGCAGAUUUAUACGCCAAAGUAUUCUACUCGUUCGCCAACCAUCGUAAGAGGAUGCAGUGGAGUAAAUUUGUCGGCUGGGCGUUACCAUUCUUUGUUGUCCUCAUCACUGUAGCGGUCACUCGAAAACAAUACGCUGACUUCAAAAAUUGCUGGUUAAAUACAAACAAUGGAACAGUGUGGGCAUUCAUAGGCCCGGCCACUCUGGUGGUUUUAAUCAAUAUAGCGUUAAUUACAAGGGUGUUGAUCGAAGUUUCCAAGAAGUCUCGGAGCGCGAACGUGACAGAAAAGCGCAAACUAGAUGACCUGAAAUAUGUUGCUGUACGCGCCAGCUUACUACUUCCGGUGAUCGGUGUUACCUGGGUAUUUGGGUUCAUGGUACUGUUUGAUGGUGAUCAGGUUGUGUUUAUGUAUAUAUUUGUCAUUACCAACACUUUCCAGGGUGCCCUCAUUUGGCUGACGCAAUUUUUCUGGAGUCGAGAGGUUAAAAAUGCGUGGACAAGUAUGAAGAAGAAGAGGCAUUAUUCUCUUAAAAAAGUAAACUCCAGAAAAGAAAAGGAUAACAACAAAGAAUUUAAUGACAUUGAUGAGUGCGCUAUUUUUCCUCCAAACUCAACUAUUGACAAUACAUACAGUAUGACGUCGAAAAAAAGCUUAACGGUUUCUUCAGAUUUAACUUUUACCACUUUUGGUACCAAAAAUUAGCGUACGUGCCAUUCUUAUCACCAUGCCAGUUGUAAUAAAGAAACAUCAGAGAUGCUUAUGCACUGAUGUGCGUUGACGGUUGGUGUAAGGACAGCUUUCGUGUGUAGAAGAUUUAACAAUGACUUUUGGCAUUCGUGGCACUCUUUGCAUGUGAAAAAAAAAUUAAUGUAAACAGAAUAUGUAAUCUGCUUACGGUACAUCCCACGCACGUUACGCAUGCUUGAACAAAUAGCGCUAGCAUGCCCAGACGGCAUGAGGAAGGUCGAAAAGCGCUAUCUAAUAAUAUAGGCCUAGUAUUAGCAAUUGGAGAUCAUGUAUUUACACGUAGUUAGUGGAGGCUCCAGAAAUUGACCGACAGAGGAUCCGACCCAAGGUGCCGACUAGAGCCUCGGUCAGGGUCCGGAAUAAAAAUUUCUGGUGAGAGAUUACAGGGAGAGAUUUUUUUGGCUUAAUAUGGCCAAAUUUAUGCCACAAUAUUAGGGAUUGGCAAUCAAAAAGAUUGAACAGAAAAUUAUCAUUUUGGUCCGAAGACCUUGUCAUGGUGUCAAACGAUCGGGGUCCAGGCCUGUCCGACGGAAGGACAAAUGCCCUCCCUGACCCCCGCUGACGCCACAACUGCGCAUAGUGACGACGUGCACCUUACGACAUGACUUAAACCAUGUCCUAAUCUAAACUCUCACCCAUUUCCGGAGUGAUCGAUUUGUGCUUGAAAAAAAAAAUACGGACAGCCAUGAUAGACUCGUUUAACAUCCGUGUUCCUCGAUCAAGUUGAUCCGAUUUUAUAAUUCCAAUUAAUGCCAUUGUCCUUCGAUUUAUUAGCUGCGCCCCAUGCAGUUGAUUUACAGUAUUAUAUUUUAAUUGUAUGUAAUUUAUUCCUUUAUAUUUAAUACAAAAUAUUCUAUGGUUACUUCCUAGUUUAGCAAAAAAAAAGUUACGGAAUAAAAAAGAGCAAUUACUACCUUAUUAGCUUGUAAAAGUGUUUAUUCAAUAUCAUAAAUCGUCUAUUAUAUCAUGUUGUAAAAUUUUCAAUUGUAUUACCCCAAGGGGAUGAGAGAGACGACGUUUUGUACAUGUAAAGACUAUCUGUUGUCAAUUAAGUGACUAAUUUAUAUAUUCGAAUAAAAAUUAUGUGCUGCGGCUUAGUGUAAUUUUAAUUACACUAAGCCACAACACAUAAUUUUUAGUUUCAUUCAGUGUAUGGGCCUAUUGUGCAUACUGUGCAUUGAAGAGAGCAAAUUAUUAAAAAUGUAAUUUAAAAGAAAGCUUUGUUGUAUAUGUUAAUUGUAAAAUAAUGAUUAGAAAUCAUGUGUUGUCCAAACCACAAUAUUGUAAUUAUAUGAUAAAAGUAUAAUUUGCGUUGUUAAAAUAAGGAUGUGCUAUUCAAGUUUCAUGUAUGUUAUAUAAUAAUGAUGGAUUGGAUUUCGGGGCAUUUAAACUAUAUGCCUUUAAUGAACAAAAUAAAUUGGUUGAUUAAUUGAUUAAGUUAAUAAUUUAAUUAAUUAUUGAUUGGUCCAAUAAUUAGUUGAUUGAUGUAUUGAUUGAAUAAUUCAUUGACCCAUUGACCAUCAUUGAUUCAUUGUUUGACUGAUUGCUUUGUAUAUUCCAAUCAAUUUUUUUUAAUUUCGUAUUUUCCAAUUAAUUAAUUUUGAUUGUUUUGUAUAAAGACUUCUGUCAUUAAGUGUAUAUUUCAAACAAACUAAUGCGCUGACAGUAGGUUUAAUAAUAGUUGCGUUCAGUGUACUAUAUUAUGUGGAGUGUGGUUUAAAGAGAGCGGCUGACUAAACAUGUUUAAAUAAUAAUUAUUAUUCUUAACGAAUUUAACUUUGCUGUCAUUUUGUAAUUUAAAAGUUGUACCUGUUAAUUGUAAAUAAUGAUUAGAAAUCAUAUGUGUUGUUCUUGAGAUUAAAAUAUUAUUGUAAUAUAUA